GCGACUUGGGGAGGAAUGGAAAAGUUAUAUGAUGCUGGAAAAGCUCGUGCAAUAGGUGUGAGUAACUUCUCAACAAAGAAAUUGGGUGACUUGCUUGUUGUAGCUCGUGUACGUCCAGCUGUUAAUCAGGUGGAGUGUCAUCCGGGUUGGCAGCAAAGUAAGCUCCACAACUUUUGUCAGUCAACCGGUAUUCAUCUUUCGGCAUACUCAUCACUAGGUUCACCUGGUACGCCUUGGAUGAACAGUAAUGUCCUUCAAGAACCGGUCAUCACCUUAAUAGCGAAUAAACUUGGGAAAACUCCUGCACAGGUGGCCCUGUGCUGGAACAUUCAGAUGGCUCAUACUGUACUACCAAAGAGCCUGAAUGAGGAAAGGAUAAAGCAAAAUCUUGAUGUUUAUGAUUGGUCUAUUCCAGAUGACUUGCUUGCGAUAUUUACCAAGAUUAAGCAGGUAAGGCAGUUCAGAGGUGACUUCACCGUUAAUCCGCAAAGCGUCUACAAGACCCACGAGGAGCUCUGGGAUGGGGAAGUUUAG